AUGUCCCACAUGGAAUUUUUCAAGAAAUUUAAGCUCUUGAAGGCUCAGGAGGCUGCUAACCCUGGUGUUCUUGGGUGCUUUUUCUUCAGCCUCUGCGUAAUCCUUGCCCUUUUUGUGCUGGAUUACAGAAUAUUGGCUGGCUUGCAGGGCCAGCUGUUUUCAGUGCCUUGGUUUAGGUCAAAUAGCUCUGCUCUAAAAUCAUCGAAAGUGGGUUUUCUUGAAAGGGGUGGUGGGUAUUGUGAUAUAUUUGAUGGGGAUUGGGUUUGGGAUGAAAGUUAUCCUCUUUACCAAUCGCAGGAUUGCGCGUUACUGGACGAGGGUUUUAGGUGCACUGAAAAUGGGAGGCCUGAUAAAUUCUACACCAAGUGGCGCUGGCAGCCUAAAGAUUGCAAUUUGCCCAGAUUUGAUGCAAAAAUUAUGCUGGAAAAUCUAAGAGACAAGCGGCUCGUGUUUGUGGGAGAUUCUAUCGGGCGAAACCAAUGGGAAUCCCUUCUUUGCAUGCUAUCUUCUGUCAUUACCAAUAAAACUUCAAUAUACGAAGUGAACGGGAAUCCUAUCACGAAGCACACGGGCUCUCUGAUUUUCAAGUUCAGAGACUUCAACUGCACUGUCGAAUAUUAUCGAGCUCCAUUUCUUGUGUUGCAGAGCCGAGCGCCUGUUGGGGCUCCCAAGAGUGUGAAGAUGACUAUAAAGCUCGAUAAAAUGGACUGGAGCUCGGUUCAGUGGAAAGGUGCGGAUUUGCUGGUUUUCAACACGGGGCAUUGGUGGAAUCCAGAGAAAACGACUAACGUGGGAUGUUAUUUCCAAGAAGGGGCAGAGAUAAAGAUGAAGAUGAGUGUCGAAAAUGCCCUCCAGAGGUCCAUGAAGACUUUGACCGACUGGAUAAGCCGUGAAGUUAACUUGUCCAAGACUCAUUUGAUCUUCCGAGCUUAUGCUCCCGUACAUUUCAGUGGCGGUGACUGGAAAACGGGCGGGAACUGUCACCUCGAGACGAUACCCAACUUGAGCAAACCAUCGCAACUCUCCGAAACGUACUCAGAGUACAAAGCUGUUUUGCAUGGCUUAUCCGAACAUAUUCGAAAGAAAACUAUCGAAUUGUUAAACGUGACAGGCAUGACGUCUCACAGGAAAGACGGGCACGCCUCGCUGUAUUAUUUGGGGCCAACGGAAGGCCCGGCACCCCUACGCCGCCAAGACUGCAGCCAUUGGUGCCUUCCAGGAGUUCCUGAUUCUUGGAACGAGCUCCUCUACGCGGUUUUCCUCAGACGAGCGAUUGUUCGAGGUUCGGGAUUUGUAUUGAAACUAUAA